CCCCUAUUAUGGUUGGCGAAUCGAACGUUCGACGUGAGAUGUUUUCAUUGGCGAACUAACCCAUUCGACGUAUUACGGUUGGCGAACUUUACAAUUCGAGUUCGAAAUUCAGUGCUACCAUACAAAAAAAAAAAAUAACAGACAUAAUAAACGUCAACUCAUGAAAUUUCAAAAAAACUGUUGUGUUCAUUAAUUGAUAAUUUUCAUACGAGUAUUUAAUAAAAUUACAAAAUAAACCAAAAUGAUAAGCAAUAUAGAUUUGUUUUUUGGAGAAAACGAAAAUAACAGAAACAAAGUAAGAAUACUUCGACUGCGCAAGAAUAUUCGAGACAACUCUAAUGUAUUGGAACUCCCUAAUCAUCUUUUCAGAUCAUAUUUUCGACUGAAUAAGGAAGCGUUUGUUUUCGUAUUAAACAAGUUGGAAGGCCAAUUUAAAAAUGCAAGCACCUCUUCAAUCCCUGCUGUACUAAAAUUAGCUUGUGCCCUUAGAUUUUUUGCUAGUGGGAGUUAUCAAAGCAGCGUAGGAAAUGAUUUUGACUUAGGCCUGUCACAAUCCUCGGUUUCCAUAGUAUUAAAAGAAGUUGUGUGUGCAAUCGAAGACAAAUUAUGUCCAACCUGGAUCAGUCUCAACAUGUCAUCCGAUGAGAAACAAAAUGCACGAAACUAUUUUUUUUCAACGUCCAGGUUACGAGGAGUAAUUGGAUGUGUUGACGGGACCCAUAUAGGAAUCGUUGCUCCGAUUGAGUUACGUCAUCAGUAUCUUAACCGAAAAGGAUAUUACAGUUUAAACGCAAUGAUAGCGUGUGACCAUAACAUGUGUAUUCGUUAUGUUGACGCAAGAUAUCCUGGAUCGACCCAUGAUUCCUUUGUAUGGAACUGCAGUAAUCUUAAGUCAGUUCUUGAAACGUGGUACCAAAGAGGAGAACGUUCAAUGUUCCUUGGAGACGCCGGUUACCCACUAUCGUCUUGUUUGCUCACUCCUUUCAGAAACGUAAGUUCCGGUUCAAGGCAGUCUUUAUUCAAUAAGCAACACGCCAAAGGCAGAAAUAUAAUAGAAAGGACUAUUGGCGUUCUUAAGAGUCGAUUUCACUGUCUUUUUAAUGAAAGGAAAAUGCAUUACGCUCCUUCAAAGGCAAAACAAAUUGUGAAUGCAUGCUGUGCUUGCAUAACAUUUGUAUAA